AUGAAUUUUUUAUGCUUGUUAACUUUUGUUUUAUGUAUUAUUUCAUCAAAUUUUAUACUUUCAACGACAAAUAUUAGACUUUUGGAUUGUGAAAACUCUGGUAUGGAGUAUGUUGAAGUUUCUGGAAUGAAUUGUUUAAUGGAUAGAAAUUUUUAUGAAGAAGAUGUUAAAAUUGUUACAUACGAUCGUUUUAAUGAUAGAUGUUUGGUUUCAAAUGAAAGGGUUCUUGUGUCAAAAGAUUAUGUUAUUAUUUUGUCUACCAAUGAAUCUUACUAUAUUAAUUCACCACAAUGGUCUGAUAUUCCAUCAUGUUUUAAUAACAUUACAAAAUAUCAAGUAUCUUAUUUAUUUGAGAAUAUGUUUCUUUUAAGAAAAUUAGAGAGUAUUAAAAAAGCUGUUGGAGUUGGUGGUGAAGAAUUGUUUGAAAAAAUUUGUAAUAAUAUUAACUAUAAAUUGGUUAAUUUUUCAUCUAAUAGUCGUGAAGAACAUAGAAAUAUUAUAAGAAAUUUUUUAAGAAGAUUUGAUGUUGAUGGAUAUGUAUUUAAUAAUAAAGGUUAUUCAAAAAAAUGUAAAAUUGUUCAGGGAAUUAAGAAGUAUGAAAAAAAAGAAGUAUUUGGGAAAUGUUAUAAAGAAAUGCCUAUAAUUGUGGAUGGACAAAUAAAAUUUACUAGUAAUAUGAUUGAUAUUCAAAAUAUAGGAACUCUUGUAGAUUGCGCAACAAAAAUACCUUUAUUUUAUGAAAAUAAUCAGAAUGAUUAUAUUGAAGAUAACAUAGAAUGUUCAACCACUUUUGAUUCAACUAAAUUUGAUUUUAAAGAAUAUUCUUUGGUUAUUUUUUCAGUUUUAGCAACAUUUCAAUUAUUCAGUAUCAUAAUAUUUAUUUUUGCAACAAUUUCAUAUUUUAAAAAAUAUAAUCAAUUAAAUAAGUUAAAAAAAUUAAAUAGAGAAGUAUCUUUGAUUCUAUUUAGUAAAAGUAAUUCUCUUUGUAAAGCGAGAAACAAUACAAAUUCCAUUCAAUAUUUGUAA